AGAUCGACACCGACCACGCCUCGCUCGUGCGCUCGCGCACUUCGACCCUCUCCCAGCCAUUUUCGCCGUCGAUGCACCACGCGCCCGAUAGCCCGACGACCACUCUGAUUGGGACGCUGCGCUCCCAGCUCGAGAUGUACGCGCAGCAGACGGAGCAGCUCAACGCCAAGCUCGUCGCGUCCAUUUCCAAGCACGCCGACCUGGAGGACACGAUAUUCGCUUUGCAGACGGACAAGGACCACCUGACACGCGACAACGGCGAGCUCGCGCGAGCAAAAGCCCAGUGGGAGGAGAGCAUGAACACGGGCCUGCUGGUCGAGCGCUCUCAGAUCCGUGACGAGAUGCAGCGGUUGGCUGCGGGACUGGUCGAGGAGGAACGGAGGCGCGGCACGGCUGAAGAGAAGCGCCGGCAGGUCGAGGACGAGGUCGACGAGCUGUCGGCUACCUUGUUUGAUCAGGCCAACACCAUGGUCGCUACAGAACGCAUGGCGCGCGCCCAGGCCGAACAACGCCUCAAGGACACAGAGGAAAGUCUGGCCGCCGCUGAGGCCGCAGUUCGCGACAUGCAGGCGCACAUGCAGAGCCUGACAACCAUCGCCAGCUCUGGCCCCUCUGCGCCCCUUAUCCCCAGGCGCUAUCUUUGCAGCCACCCUCCGUACGCCGAGUUUAGAACCCUCCUCACACACCUGCGCGCUGCGCGGCCUUCGGCACUCUCGCGCAAGCGUCCAGACGUGCGCGAACUCUACCCCGCACCACUGGUCGCGUCGCUUGUGCAGCAGCCGUUCAUCGCGCGUUGCAUCGCCGAGGACUACGACCCGACUCUACGCCUCGAGCAGGCGGCCGACCUCGGAUGGGUGUCGCGCCGCAGCGUCAGCUCCGCGAUCCUCUCCGGUGACCUCCUGAUCGAGCCCGUGGGCAGCGCGGCCCUGGGCCCUCCCGAGAGCUUGAGCUGCGCGCUGUGCGGCCGCGCCGUCUUCGGGGGUGGCGCCGCCAACAAGGGCCUGAUGAAGUACUUCUCGACCACCAGCGGGCCUGGCGCAAGCACACACCUGUCGAGCAACAUCUACGUGUUCCGCGUCGCGACGCAGGAGGACGCAAAGUCCUACCCGCUGUGUAAGAACGGAUGGUGUCUUGAGCGUCUGCGCGCCGCCUGCGCCCUCUGGCACUUUGUGCGCACCGGCAUCGUGCACCCCGUCUGGUUCGGCGAGGACGACUACGUGCCCGCAACCCCGCAGACCGCGAGCACAGCGGGCGACACGGACGACGGGACGCCGGUGCGGAUAGACCUGAACCGGACGCCGCCCGAUGCCGACAAGCUCACCAUCUCGCCCGCGCCCGUGCCGGGCCAGCGGUCCGCGAGCGCACCCAUCGCCGCGCCCAUAGCCAUAACCGUCGAGAACCUCGCGUCGGCCGAGUACCGCCGUCCGCCCCCACCGCCUCCGCAGAGAAAGUCGGGCUGGGGUCUUGGCUCCUUCGGUCUCGGUAGCGGCGGCAAGAGCUCGGGCGGGUGGACGAGCUGGGGCUCGCGGCCGAGCACCCCGGCCUCGCCUGCCGCGCCGACCAUGCCUGAGCAGCGCUCAGUGAGCGCAGGUGUGCUUGGUGCGGCGAUAAGCCUGGAGGGGGAAAAGGGCAGGCCAGAGGAGAAGAAGGAUGCGCCGGUUGCGGAGAAGGCAGAAGUUGUGGAGAAGAUCGAGGUCGCAACGGAGAAGCCGCCAGUCGUAGAGGCGACGGAUGAGAAGCCGACAGUGAUGGACGAAAAGACGGAAGAAGUCGACGAGAAGACACUUUCCGCUGCGGAGGAGAAGCUCGCGGUGCCAGAGUCCGUAGAGCCGGUGACAUCCUCUCCCACCUCGCCCGUCAAGCGCUCUGACUCGCGGACAUCGCAUAGAUCGCACGCCAGCACCGACCAUUCGUUCGCCACGCCGACGGGCGACAACGCGUCUUUGCCUGACCUCAAUGGCGAGAAGGCUGAGGUUCCGACAGCUAGCCCCUCUUCGCCACGCAAAGCCCCCGAUCUCGAAAUCAAGACCGAGGUGCCGAGCUCGCCGGUCAAGUCGGCUCCGGGCUCGCCGUCAAAAUCCGCCCCCGGGUCGCCGUCCAAGUCGGCCUCCCCGUCGAAGCCUGGCACACCUGUCAACGGCGUCAACACCUCGCCCACUAGGCCCACACGCGCGGCUGGGCGCCAGCCUCCACCUCCGCCCCUGCCAAAACGCUCUGAACGCCGCGGCCUCGGCACGCCAACGCCGCCGAUCACCCCGACUGCACCAACAGCGCCGACAGCUUCCACCAACGUAAAGACGCCCACUGCGGACGCGGAGGCCCCCCCGGCGGACGUUGAGCCUGUCGCUCCAGGUGAGAAGGAGGUGUCGGAGGCAGCGGCGCCCGCCACGGAGGCCCCCGCCGCGGAUGAUACCCCACUUGUGGACACAGCCGCUUCUGCCGCUGCUCUCGCCCAGGCUCCCAGCACACCCGCGGCCCAUGCGGCCGAGGACGCCGCGACCCCUACCGCCUCGGCGUCGCCGUCCCGCGUCCCGCCGCCGCGCCACCCACUCGCAAUCAUGCGCUCGCCCGUGACAUCCCCGCGCUCUUCGUUCGACAACAAUUCGCGCCCUACCCCGCGCGCCUCGAUUGACAACUCGCGCUCAGCGCGCGGCUCGAUAGACACUAUGACCACGCGCCCCAUUCCGCCGCCGCGCAAGGCGACGACUGAGCGCUCAGUCUCAACCUCGAGCAUCACUGGCAGUCAUGCGAGCCACGCGAGCCCAAGCCAGACCGUCCACUCGCCCGAACAUGAGGGGAGCGACGGGCGCUCGUUCCUCACGGGUGAGGGCUGGGAAGCGCGGACGUGGCGCCAGGUCGUCCGCCUCAAGGAGGAUAUGUGGCGUGCGCGAGUGGGCGUGGUGGAUGACGACGAGUAGGGUGUGGGCUGGUGCGUGCUAAGAGCAGGAGGGCGAGGGCAAUCAUGGUCAGGAACUGCAAGUAGCGAGUGGCAAAGGAGGAGGGGCAGGGGAGGGUGACCACAUGUGCAUGGCAUAGACAUGAAUACACAGGAUCUGGAG